AUGUCCCGCCGACUAUGGAACCUGCUGGAGUGGCUGGUGCCCGACCAGGGAGGAGAUGCCGCCACCACCGCGCCCACCGCUCCAGCAGCCACGCACCAGGAGGUCGUCAGGCCGGGGGCCGCGGGGCGCCGCACCCACACCCCCCGUCGCCCCACCACGCCCACGCUCUCCGCCAGCGGGGGGAUCUACCAGGCGGGCGGCCAGGGCCUGGCGGCGACCCAGCUCCGCAGCAGUGUGAGUUACACCGAGGGCUGUGUGGACCGCAGGUACGACACCGGCGAGGCUGCCAAAAAUCUGCUGGAAAAGUUACGGACAAAAACUCCAGCCAAACCUCGCCCUGAUGCGGCCAACGCUGCGUCGGCAGUGACAAACAAUAAUGAAAAUGAAGUUAAACCGGAAAGUAAAAAUGUAAGUGGCGGAGGCGAGAAAAGGAAGGAUGAAGCCAAGGGCUCCGUCGGCGCGAGUGAGGACGAGGCGCCCGUCGCGGGGCGGUCCCGCCGGCGGUCGCUGCCCGGCUCGACGGAGGAGACCCCGCGCCCGCACCCGCACCCUUCGACCAGGUUCUCGCUGCCCAGGAAGUUCUCCAUGCAGGCGUCGCGGCGGAGCUCUGCCAUCCGGCGGAGGGUGAGCAAGGCCGGCGCUGACGUCAUGCGGCCGAGCGCCGACGCCGCCAGGGACAAGGAAAGCGGGCCGCCGCACGCCGCGCAGAGGGCUGACGUCAUCAGCACGUCGGACGAGGACGACGAGACGCGCGCCCGGGGCCAGAUCAGGAGGAAGCCCACCAAGACGCGCAGCGACUACUCGCUCCACCUGGACGACUCGGCGCUGGGCAGCAGCUCCACCGACACGCCCGAGAUCCUGAGCGACCCCCCGCGCGGCUGCCGGGACGUGGCGCCCGGCAUCCUUACCUUCAGCACGGGUCAGCUCAGCGCGAUGACCUCCAGUGUCCGAGACGCCGUGACCUCCAUGGCGCGCGAGGCCGUGACCUCCGGCGCGCGCGACAGGGUCAACAACAUCGCGGCGCCGAGCUACCUCCACGAAGCCGUCCUGAGCCUCGGCGACGGGCGGUUCUCGCCGUCGACCCCGGGCAAGAGGGACGUGGUGCUCCCCCUGCUCCACGGCGACCCCCGCCCGCCCACGACGCCCACCGCCGCGCCCUUGGCCGCCGUCACUCCCACCUCCAGCCUCAGGUCCAACCUCAAGCACAAAGGGCAGCUCAGGAGGAAGAGGUCGGACUCAGGCCACUCGGUCACAUUCGACCUGCCGGAGGACUGCGACAACCUGGGCGGGGCGAAGGCGCGCUUCCGGGACGACGCGGAGCCGCUCUCCAAGUGCAUGAAGGAGCAGUGUAACAGGUCGAAGCAGAGCAGCGUGAAGAAGGAGGCCACGGACAGCGACCGCACGCCCGACGCGGAGGAGCUCCCGGCGCUCCUGGCGAGGGCGGAGGCGGCGGAGGCGGCGGCCAGAGCGUGCCCUCGGAGCGGCGAGGGCGACGCGCCCGCGGACGGUGACUUGGCGGCCGGGGAGCGCACGCCCGACAGCAUCUUGGACUCUGACCUGAGCACCACGCACAUCCUGAGCCCGGAGGACGUGCUGUCGUGGCCGCGGGACGACAGCCAGAUCUUCACGUGGCACCAGCCGCUGCAGCAGGUGGACCCGGUGGUCACGCCCCCCCGGGUCCCCAACGGCGUGCCCCAGCCCGCCGCCGCCAGCCAGCGCCUCCACCUCAGCCUCGGCGGGAGUGACAACAGCCUGGACCAGAACAUUACUUCGCUCAGCGACGACGGCCAGACGUUCUGCCUGAACUUGCCCCCGCUCCCUCCCCCGCGCUGCUCCCCCCUCUCCCCCCAGUUCCUCCCCUCGCUCACGUGGUCGUCGGGCGAGAGCGGCUGCAGUGGCGGGUCGUCCGCCCGCGGCCCCGACUCGGGCUACUGGGGCACGGGCGAGGGCGCCGUCGGGACGGGGCGCCGCGGCGUCAAGGUGGUCACGCAGGGCAGGGAGCUCUACCUGCCCUACGCCUUCCUCCACCACGGCAGACUCCGACUCCGCAUCGUCAGAGCUGUUCCUGUGGGAGCCGCUUCCAUUGCUCAGCUGACAUGGAGCGCCGGUGAGAGAUGCCCAGAAAGCGCAGAAAAAGAGAGGAAAUCUCAUCGUAGUGAAUUUAUUCCUAUUGAAUUAGCAUAUGGGAAAAGUAAAAGAAGUUCCACUUAUCAGAUUUUACCCGCGUGGCGCAAUGCCAGAUAA